AUCAGAUCGCUCGCCGUUGCAGCUAGCUAACUCACUUCACUCACUCACUGACUGAUGGACGAAGAUGCACUGCUCAGACGGUUCAACGCGUUAAGAGCACCGAGUCAUGUUCUCUUGGACAUCGAGGGCACAGGUGGGGAACGUUCAGCUGGGGAACAUGACGCGGAGACCAUAGCUGCUGCAGCUGCGGCGGCUGAAAGGGAAGACCGAUGGCUUGAGGAUAUAGCAGACGGGAAGCCGGCCAUCGCUCAGAAGAGGGGAGGUGAUCUUCCCUCAUCCUUAUUGUCUGGAUCUGAGGACGAUCAUAGAGAACUGGAGCGGCGUGUGAGGGCUUUAACGGGGCGUCGUCGUCAGAGCAGCGACCACAUGUCUGAUCAUGCAGAUGAAGAGGUCGAAGCGUACCUUGCGAAUCUCGCUUCAACAGAUCCACCAGAAGGGGACUUUAGCGAUCCAUUAGCUGAUCGAGGAUCCUCAUCUGCAACGAAAUCUGUACUGGCCAGAGAUGCCCGACGGGCACUGGACGCUGCGUCGGCCGUUCUGCCACGGGACGGUCAAGCGGGUGAGGAGGAGGUUGCGAACGACGACGGAGAGACGGAGGAAGAGAUCUUGGCCAGGGCUUUGGCGGAAGCAGCCCUUGAAAAGGACCAAUUGCCAUCGGACGACCCACACGAGACUAUAUCCAACACCUCAUUCGCAUUCCCCUCCCUUCCCAGUCAUAUCCCUGUAGAUGAAGAUCCGGAGCCAGGACCCGAAGUGAACAUCGACGACGAUACACGCAAGCGUAUGGAUUUGCUCCUCGGACUCUCUGGACCGGCACAGAAACCUGGUCAAGCGAGUCUACCAGCCGUCCCGAAACGUGCACCUGGGCAAGGUUGGAAUCUGCCGGGGUACAAUGAUGCUAGGGAUGACGAUCUCGAAAGCUGGUGCUGUAUAUGUAACAAAGACGCGGAACUCGUCUGUUUGGGCUGCGACAGUGAUCUCUAUUGUGCGGCGUGCUGGACCGAUGGGCACGCGUUUGAGAAGCACAGGACGAAAAAGUUCACCUGGAACCGCAAGGCAAUGGGCGUGUAGGGUGACAGUUGUUUUCAAAAGAACAUCAGACGAGUGGGAAUCAGUACAGCAUGCUCAUCGUAUACCAUCCGUCGUUGUAAAAUAGUGUCAUUCAUCCCACAAAUGUCUCCAGCUGUAAAUGGUCA